AUGACCGCAACCCCCUCAGCCGCCGCGUUUACCUCCCACCUCAUCUCCCGCCUCGAGUCGGAUCUCGUCUUCCUCCACAGCCAGCAACUCCUGUCGGAAGCAGAUCUCGGAUUGAUCAGGUCGAAGCUAGCAGAUGCUCAGCGGCAGGCGGAGCUGCAGGCCGGAGUGGGAGGACUCGCUGUCAGCACACCCGCGCCGAGGACGGUUCCGCCUCCUCCUGCGCGCGCGGACGGCGGCAAGAAGCAGUGCAAGGCGUUGUGGGACUACUCGAAGAGUCAGCCCGACGACCUAGCUUUCAAGUCGGGAGACAUCAUUACGAUUGAGGAGGAAGUGAACGCGGACUGGUGGAAGGGCUCUUUGAACGGACAGACUGGCUUGUUCCCGGCGAAUCACGUCGAGCGAAUCAACUCUGCUCCUUCGCCCGCUCCGCCUCCUCCUCCUCCCGCCAACGGCAACGGCUACAACGUCCCGUACAGCCAACCUACCUGGACACCACCUCCUCCUCCUUCUGCGGGCCCGACCUACGCCUACCAGCAACCACAGUACUACGGCUCGGAGAAGCCCUACAACGCUCCUCCACCGCCUCCGCAGCAAGUCGUUGUUACGCCGCAAGCCGCGCCUGGGCCUGUCGACCCGAAGAAGAACAAGCUGGGCAAGUUUGGUGGCCGGAUGGGCACGGCGGUCGCUUCAGGUGCUGGAUUCGGAUUGGGCGCCGGCUUGAUGUCCGAGGCCGUGCAUGGUAUCUUCAACUAG